AUUCAAGAGAGCUUUAUCCUGUAGGAAUUCCUAUGAAUAAAAAAUUGAUAACGAAAGCUACCUGUCUCUUGUCAUAUUAUUGAAAAAAAUAAAGAAAGGCUAUUGCUUAGUUAUUUUUUCACUCGUAAGUGUGUGAAGAAAGAUAUUUUUUUGUUUUUGCACGCAAUGGGGAGCAUAGUGCCGUUUUUGGGGAUGGUGAUGGCAGUUUUGGCUCAAGCAAGUGAUAUGGUUAUUAGCAAAGCAGCCAUGUCUAAAGGGAUAAGCAGACAUGUACUUCUUGUGUACUCUUAUGCUCUCUCUUCUCUUAUCCUUCUUCCUAUAUCCAUUUUCUCCCACAGAUCAGAUCUUCACCCACUCUGUUUUCCUCUCCUCUCAAGCUUUUUCUUGCUUGCCUUAAUUGGAUUUUCUGGACAGGCUUUAAACUAUGCCGGUGUACAGUUCAGUUCUCCUACUCUUGGCACAGCCAUGCUCAACCUCGUCCCAGCUUUUACUUUCAUUUUUGCCCUCCUUUUCAGGAUGGAAAAGCUAGACUUGAAGAGCUCAAGUAGUUUAGCUAAAUUUAUUGGAACUGUGGUAUCAAUUAGUGGGGCAUUUACUGUGACCAUCUACAAGGGCUUACCUUUCAUUAUCAUGCCCUCAUUUGAUGGCUUGAAUCAUCAAUUACUACUUUCAGAAGAAGGAAAUUGGAUCCUUGGAGGAUUUCUCUCUGCAACUCAUGCUAUGAUGACUUCACUAUGGUAUAUUUUACAGGCAUCAAUACUGAAGAAGUACACAUCAGUGCUAAUCGUAGUAUUUUUUUACAGCUUAUUUGCAACAAUUCUAUCUGCAGUAGUUUCUCUAACUGUAGAAGAUUUUGGUGCUUGGAGGUUAAGAACUGACAUGGGUUUGGUUGCUGUAAUAUAUUCAGCAGUUGUUGGGAAUGUAUUUCGGUUAGGCAUGACUACAUUAUGUGUAAGAAUGAGCGGACCUGUUUUUGUUUCUAUGUUCAAGCCCUUAGGGAUAGUUGCAGCUGCACUCAUGGGAAUCAUUUUUCUAGGGGAUACUCUCUUUCUUGGAAGUGUGAUUGGAGCUAUUGUGAUCGCAGCUGGUUUUUAUGCUGUUAUGUGGGGGAUAGCUAAAGAAGAGCAGGCAGGAAAAGGCAGUGGAGUUACAGUCAUUGAGGAUUCAUCCACCCAAAACGAGCCUCUUUUGCAGACCAACAUACACGAGAUAAACAAACUUGCUGUGUAGACAGAUUUUAUGUAUAUAUGCACUUAUAUUGUAACGGCAAUUCUCACCGUUAAUUCCAUGCGAUCCAUCUAACAUUUAAAUAAUAUUAUUCCUUUGUUUAAUUAGACCCGGACUUUCAGUUUUGAAGUUCACAUCAGCCAUGUUGAUUUGAAACA